UUCUCAGUCGCUCAUCCCAAGUUGUAAUUCCCAAAAGAAAACUCAAUCCUCGCUGCCAACCAAAGUGGAAAAAACAGACCCUUCUUCCUCUCUGUAUAAACAUAAAAAUGGGUGACCCAAUUAGAAUGAGUCAAUGUCUCCUCCCUCCCUUUGCUGUUCCAUACUACCCUUUUUCCUAUCCACUGUCCACACCAACAAACCAAAUAAAGCUAAUAACCAUCUCCCAAAACCUCAAUCCAAAGAAAAAGAACAACAUGAGCCUCUCUUUGUUCUUCGUCUUUUCCCUCUUAACUUUUUUCUAUACUGCUUCAUCUUCCACUAUCUCCUUAGGCUCCUCCAUCUCCCCUUUAUCCACAAGCCAAUCAUGGCCCUCUUCCAAUUCCAAUUCCACUUUCACCCUUUCCUUCAUUUCCUCAGCUUCCUCCAACUCUUUCCUUGCUGCCAUCACUUAUGCAGGUGGAGUUCCUAUUUGGACAGCUGGCGCCGGCGCCACCGUUGACUCUGGUGGUUCCUUUCGUUUACUCUCAAACGGAGCCCUCCGUCUUACGAACGGCUCAGGCUCCGUCGUCUGGGACUCUGGCACGGCCAACCGGGGUGUUUCCUCUGCUUCCUUGGAAGACUCAGGGGAGCUUCGGCUACUGGGCAAUGACAGUGCUAAAGUUUGGUCUUCGUUUGAUCACCCAACGGAUACGAUCGUUCCGGGGCAGAAUUUCACCGUCGGCGGGGUUCUAAAAUCUGGACUUUAUUCCUUUUCUCUUCAAAGGUCAGGAAAUUUAACUUUGAGAUGGAAUGAUAGUAUUGUUUAUUGGAACCGAGGGUUGAAUUCUUCUUUUAAUGGUAAUUUAACUUCACCUACUUUAGGGUUGCAGUCUAUUGGGAUUUUGUCUAUCUUUGAUCCUAGUUUGAGUAGUGGGGUGGUAAUUAUGGCAUACAGUAGUGAUUAUGCUGAAGGAAGUGAUAUUUUGAGGUUUUUAAGGUUAGAUGAUGAUGGGAAUUUAAGGAUUUAUAGUUCUGCUAGAAGUAGUGGGACUACAACUACGAGAUGGUCAGCUGUAUUGGAUCAAUGUGAUGUUUUUGGUUACUGUGGGAAUAUGGGAAUUUGUAGUUAUAAUGAUUCCAAUCCGAUUUGUGGUUGUCCGUCCGAGAAUUUUGAGCUGGUUGAUGUGAAUGAUAGAAGGCAAGGGUGUAAGAGGAAAGUGGAGAUUGAGAAUUGUCCAGGGAGUGCUGCCAUGUUGCAAUUGGAUCAUGCCGAGUUUUUGACUUAUCAACCUGAGUUGUCUUCUCAGGUUUUCUUUGUUGGGAUAUCGGCUUGUAGAUUGAAUUGUCUUAUAAGUCCUUCUUGUGUUGCCUCCACUUCUUUGUCGGAUGGAACAGGACUUUGUUACUUGAAAACUACCGAGUUUGUUAGUGGGUAUCAAAGUCCAGCGCUUCCUAGCACUUCUUAUGUUAAGGUUUGUGGACCAGCAUUACCAAACCCAUCUCCCUUUGCAGAUAAUGCAAGGAAUAGUAAAGGUUGGAGGUUGCAUGCGUGGAUUGUAGUGGUUGUUAUUGCGGCUACCCUGUUGGUUUUGAUUGUAUUGGAAGGCAGUUUGUGGUGGUGGUGUUGUAGAAACAGUCCCAAAUUUGCGGGUCUAUCAGCUCAAUAUGCUCUUCUUGAGUAUGCAUCUGGUGCUCCUGUUCAAUUCUCAUAUAAGGAGCUUCAGCGUUCAACCAAGGGGUUCAAGGACAAGCUUGGAGCAGGAGGGUUCGGGGCUGUAUAUAAAGGAAUUCUUGCUAACAGAACGGUUGUGGCAGUUAAGCAACUAGAAGGUAUUGAGCAGGGUGAAAAACAGUUUAGAAUGGAGGUUGCUACCAUUAGUAGUACCCACCAUUUGAACUUGGUGAGAUUGAUAGGUUUUUGCUCUGAGGCUCGUCACAGGCUUUUGGUGUAUGAGUUCAUGAAAAAUGGAUCUCUAGAUAACUUCCUUUUUGCCACAGAAGAGCACUCAGGAAAGACGUUGAGCUGGGAAUAUCGUUUUAAUGUUGCUCUCGGAACUGCUAGGGGAAUUACAUACCUUCAUGAGGAGUGUCGGGACUGCAUUGUUCAUUGUGAUAUAAAGCCUGAGAACAUUCUUCUGGAUGAAAAUUACAAUGCCAAAGUGUCAGAUUUUGGCCUUGCAAAACUCAUAAACCCCAAAGACCAUAGGUACCGAACGUUGACAAGUGUUAGGGGUACAAGGGGUUAUUUGGCACCUGAAUGGCUUGCAAACCUUCCAAUAACUUCUAAAUCUGAUGUUUAUAGUUAUGGGAUGGUUUUGUUGGAGAUAGUGAGUGGAAGAAGGAAUUUUGAAGUUUCAGCUGACACAAAUAGGAAAAAGUUUUCUAUAUGGGCUUAUGAGGAGUUUGAGAGGGGUAAUGUGAAGGGAAUUGUUGAUGAAAGGCUUGUUGAUCAGGAUGUGGACAUGGAGCAAGUAACUAGGGCAAUUCAGGUUAGUUUCUGGUGCAUCCAGGAACAGCCUUCUCAGCGGCCAAUGAUGGGAAAAGUGGUUCAGAUGUUGGAAGGAAUCACAGAGAUUGAAAGACCGCCGGCACCAAAAGCUACCACUGAAGGUUCUAUUAGUGGAACCAGCAUAAAUGUUAGCAGUAACAUGAGCGCUUUCUCUACUUUUGCUGCUUCUGCGCCGGCUCCCUCAUCAUCUUCGUCAUUGCAAACAGCUGGGGUUUCUCCUUUAGCUUCAGGAAGGAAUAUAGAAAAGCAGUCAUCAUCCUUACUACAUUCUGACACGAAAUAAAACUCAUUUCAGUUUGUAAAGCUCCAUACUGAAAUAACUUUGGCUUGUGAUCUCUUGAUCCAGAUUUUAUGCAAACUAUGGGGUAAACCUUCAUUGUGUAUAAAUUAUGAGAGGUGAUAUUGAUAGUAUAUCUUGUAAAAAUUUGUUUACAGUUGUAACCAUAGCUUAUAAUUCAGUAAGGAGUGGUUAUUGCUGUCAUAGAGUCAUUGAUUCUACAUGUAUGGUUUUAGUUCAUUCAAAAACAUGUCAACAAUAAUGUUUGUAAGUGAUGUUUGCUAUACCUUCUUUUCUGUUACUCAUUAUUAUUGUAUGAAAUACAAUGUACAAGUGGUUAGCUUAAAAGCUUCAUGUGGUGCAAGAAUGGUUAUUAAAACAUAGACUAUAAUGAUCCUUCAAAAUAAGUAUUUUAGUGUGAGUUUUCUUUCAGUUCAUUUUGGCAGGCGAGCCUUGACCGUCAAUACCAUGAAACUAUGACUACUUACAAGAGUGAACAGUCCCAAAAUUUUGCCUAGGACAUCAUCUCUAAUUGCAUGCUGAGAUGGGCAAAAAGUUGUACUAUUGUAUAAUGCAUGCUCACAUAUAAGGAAUUUGAAGAUUGAACCCCUUUAAGCUCUAAUUGGAGUCAUUUUUCUGGGAAGGUAGGUCUUGCAACAUAAACAAAGAGGGAAGGAGUCAUUGUUUGUGUCAGAGAAUUAUGAACUACGACGGCAUCACUAAUUGAUAAUUUCUGACAAGGUUGCAACAGAUGCAAUACACUUGCCAUUGUUUUAACAGUUGCUUUACCAUGGCAAGAAAGUCAAAGUUGUGUCUGCUUUCCGGCCUUGCUUGCGGCAAUAAUCUCAAAUAUUUAGCCUUUGCUUUCCCUUUCAGGUUUG